GCCGCUCCCUGCCUGCCGGAGCGAUCCCGGCGCUGCGGCCCCGCACCCAUCCCCGCUCGGUGCCUCCCCGAUCAGCGGCCGCAUCCCUUCUCCGUGUCGGUUCUCCUCCAGGUCUGCGCUGCUGUCAAGGCACGGAAAGGCCCUCGGCGUUGGGAGGAGCUGGAUGGUGUGAGCCGAACCGCCGUGCGGCUCUGCGAGGAGCCCCGCUGCUCCCAGCAGGAUCGGCGUCAUGCUGGCACCGAAGAAAGGGCUGCUGUGUAACCUCAACCACAUCCACCUGCAGCACAUCUCCCUGGGGCUGCACCUCUCCCGGCACCCGGAGCUUCGGGACACGGCGGGGCUCGGGGACCAGAAGUGCUGCAGCAGCUGUCGGGAGAGCUGUGAGCAAGUAGACGCCAAUUCCAACAAUCCCUCCUUGAAAUGUCACUGCUGCGAAUCCCACGCCGAGCUGCCCGUGACGCUGGGCCUGCAGAACCAGGCGGCUCCGGAGGAUUUCCCCCGCCUGCAGGAUGGGGAGGAGGUGGUUUCCCCCUGCGACCCGCCUUCCACCUCCUCCUCGGUCAGCAGCUGCUCGGAUUUCAGCCUGGAUGAGUCCCCGGUGUCUGUGUACUACAGGGGGUUCUCGGCAGAAGGGUCCCAAUCCCCUACAGAGCCGCCCAGCGCAGCUCCUGCAGAAGAUGCACAGCUGCUGCCUGGGGCAGGAGAUGGAAGAGACACCAACCUCAACCCAGCAGUGCUCCAGGGAGAGGAGGAUCUCAUCGGAGAGAGCCCCGACAGCCUCUGCAGCAGCAGCUCGCUCGACUCGCAGUACAACGCAACCUCUCCCGGCACAGCCGUGCAGCAGAUCACAGACAGCUCCAUCGACCUCGACCCCAACUGCAACCCCCUGCCCGACCCCAGUGUUGCACCACCGGCGCCGGCUGUGCCGUGCAGCUGGGAGCAGAACCUGAGCAGCGCUCCCAAACCGCGGCUGAACAGCGUUCCUCCCCCCAUCCCACCGCGGCCCAAGAGGCGGCUGCAGCUCCUCAACGGGCACGGAGCGGAACGGCCCGCCCUGCCCGCGAGGCCAGCAGCACCCGAGCCCAGCGCCGAGCUCUGCAGGGACGCAGCCAAGAAGAACAUCACCUCCUUCCACGAGCUCGCCCAGAAGAGGAAGAAGAACACCGUCGGGACCGCUCCCAUCCCAGCCAGGGUGGACCGAAGCGACUGGCUGAUUGUUUUCUCACCCGACACCGAGCUGCCGCCCCACAGCGAGCUCCUGCCCAGCACCGCAAGCCGGGACCCGACGCAGCCCCAGCAGGACUGGGGGGUGAAACCUUCCAGCUCCGUGCAGAGGGAGAUCACCACGUUCAAGGAGCUGCGCUACCGCAGUGCCUCCAACAAACCCAAACCGACGGCCCCGCAGCGCCCACCCCCACCCCCGGGGGCGAGCGGCUCCAGCUGGGUUCUGCAGUACAACGCUCCAGGUGGGAAAUGCAACCGAGGGCUGACGGUGGUGGCUGCGUUCCGGGAGCUGUCGGGGCCGGGGCAGAAGGAUGCUGAGAGCCUGCGGUGCGCUCUGGCCGUGGGUUGGUGCAUCGAGUUGCCCCCCAACGCAGCUCGUGCAGUUCCAGGCUUUCUUCCUGGUGGCUGA